CUUCAGUUUCCAGUUUUGAGGGUGAUGAAAGUUGCAAAAUUCAUAUUUAUCUAUGCAAAAAUCUCUUUAGUAGUUGUCUUUUUCCUUCUGAUAGGGAACUUGGUAUUAAAGCUAGCUAGCUAGCCCCUUGAAAUCUGUGAUCUUCUUUGUUUGUUUUUACAAAAAACAUUUUCACAUUUCUUUUUUCUCUGUUUGGUUACUAUUCAAAGAAAAGCUUCCACCUUUUUCUUUGGAGCUAUUGAACCUUAAAGGCAAAGGAAGAUUCCUUAUACCAUUCUGUUUUAUCCUCUUCUUUUUUCUUAAUGAUUCCCCAAAAUACCAAAAAAAAUCAUGAAACAAAAAAAAACAUCCCUUGCUCUUAGCUAUAAAUAGUUGUAAGGCUUCCCAUUUCUAGCUGGCAACCUUUUUGGUACUUCACAAAAACAAAAAAAGUUUCAAACUUUUUUGUCUACUCAUUCUUGAAAUCUUGAGAGAUCUAAAAGAAUGGAAGAUUUUAAUGGUGUCUAUAGCAACAGAAACAGAGGAAAAACGGAGAAAGAUGGAGACUUUGAAGAAGAAGAUGUAUGGGGUUUUGUUAAUGAAAGAGAUUCAUCAAGGGUGAUUCUUCCAAGAGGUAAAAGUAAUAGUAGUAAUAAGUUUAUGUUACAUAAAUCAUCAAGUCCUGUUAAGAUUCCAGAGUGGUCCAAGAAUAACAAUAACAAGAAAUUAAGAAUAGUUAGUAGAAUAACAGAUGAUGAUGGUUCUUCUUCUUCUUCUUUAUCAUAUUGUGGAAAUGUUGAAGUAGGAGGAGAAGAAGAUUAUGGUGAUGGAAUGGUGCCACCACAUGAAUAUAUAGCAAGAAGAGUAGCAAGAAAUCAAAUAGCUUCAUUCUCAAUGAUGGAAGGAGUUGGAAGGACUCUUAAGGGAAGGGAUAUGUGCAAAUUGAGGAAUGCCAUUUUAACUAAGACUGGUUUCUUGGAAUAGCUACUGCUAACUACUUAUUACUAUUAUUAACUAACAAAAUUAAGCCAUCAAUCUUCAUCAAUCAUCAUAUGUCAUUAUCAUUAGAUUACUACUAGUUAGUAUCAUAUAUCCUCAUUAUGUUUAAGUAUGGCCUUCUUAUUUUGAGCUCAGAGAUGCAGUUUUGGGGUUUUUUUUUCCUUGAGGAAAAAGAAAGGCAGGCUCUGGGAUUUUGUCUGGAAGGUUUAUAUGACUUAUGAAAGAGUGAUUUUUGUAUUAGUCAAUUAGUAACACUCCUUCCUUCCGUUUCA